UGUGGUGUUAGUACAGAUUACUAGGUUAGUCUGUGCUGUUAGUCUGUGGUUACUGUUACCAUUGUUACUAAGCUGUACUUACAAGCAAAUUGUGUAAAGUUUUCAUUGAAAUGACGAACUCUGAUGAAAGUAAUCCGGAGAAUUCUAAGGUAAAACGAAAAAGAUCUGAUUCUCCGAAAUAUGAAGAAAAACAUAGGAAAAGACAUCGACGUGAUAGAUCCCCAUCACAUAGAAGGUAUUAUGGAGAAGAUCUUGACAAAAAAAAAAGAAAUAGUGAUCGCUAUUGGAAUAAGUAUGCUAAAGAUGAUAAGCAGCCAGUUGUAGGCAAACGAUAUUAUGAUGUACAGGAAGAAAACAAAGAAGAAAACCCUCCGCAACCUCGAGAGCGAAAGAAAGUAGAUAUGCUCACAUCUAAAACUGGUGGUGCUUACAUACCUCCAGCAAAAUUGAGAAUGAUGCAAGCGGAAAUAACAGACAAAAACUCUACGGCUUACCAAAGAAUAGCUUGGGAAGCUUUAAAAAAAUCCAUUCAUGGUUAUAUAAAUAAAGUAAAUACUUCAAAUAUUGCAAUAAUAGCAAAAGAAUUGUUGCAUGAAAAUAUUGUUCGUGGUAGAGGUUUGCUAUGCAAAUCUAUCAUUCAAGCACAAGCAGCUUCUCCAACUUUUACUAAUGUGUAUGCUGCUUUAGUUGCUAUCAUCAAUACGAAAUUUCCUAAUAUUGGUGAAUUACUAUUGAAGAGAUUAGUGCUACAGUUUAGGCGAGGAUUCAAACAAAAUAACAAGGCCAUAUGUAUUUCAUCAACAACUUUCAUUGCUCAUUUGACAAAUCAGGGAAUAGCUCAUGAAAUUUUAUCUUUGGAAAUAUUAACCUUAUUGGUUGAGACACCUACAGAUGAUUCAGUUGAAGUAGCUAUAUCAUUCUUGAAAGAGUGUGGACAGAAAUUAACUGAAGUAUCAAGCAAAGGUAUCAAUGCAAUUUUCGAAAUGCUUAGGAAUAUUCUACAUGAAGGACAAUUGGAACGGAGGAUUCAGUACAUGAUUGAAGUUAUGUUUCAAAUCAGAAAAGAUGGCUUUAAAGAUCAUGUUGCUGUGACUGAGGAUCUUGAUUUAGUUGAUGAGGAAGAUCAAUUCCCACAUAUCAUUACUCUGGAUGAAGUAAAGCAAGGAGAAGGGGAGGAUAUCUUGAAUGUAUUCCAAUUGGAUGAUAAAUAUGAGGAAAAUGAAGACAAAUAUAAAUUAUUAAUGAAAGAGAUAUUAGAUGACGACAGUGAAGAAUCAGGAUCUGGAACUGAUGAUGAAGAUGAUGACAAUGAUGAAGAUGAUAAUGAAGAUAAUGAUGAUGAAAAUAAAAAACAAGAUGCUAUUAUUGAUAAUACAGAUAGCAACUUGAUUUCUUUAAGACGAACAAUAUAUUUAACAAUGCAGUCUAGUUUGGAUUUUGAAGAAUGUACACAUAAAUUACUAAAAAUGCAGUUAAAACCUGGCCAAGAAAUUGAAUUGUGUCAUAUGAUUUUGGAUUGUUGUGCUGAACAGAGAACUUAUGAGAAAUUUUUCGGCUUAGUUGCCCAACGUUUCUGUCAAAUUAACAAAGUGUAUAUAGAACCAUUCCAACAAAUAUUUAAAGACACAUAUGCUACCACCCAUAGACUGGAUGCAAAUAGAUUGAGAAAUGUUAGUAAAUUCUUCGCUCAUCUCUUAUUUACUUAUGCUAUUGGAUGGGAAGUUUUGGAAAUUAUUAAAUUGAAUGAGGAAGACACUAAUAGCUCUAGUAGGAUCUUCAUAAAAAUUUUGUUUCAAGAAUUAGCAGAGUAUAUGGGACUUGGAAAGUUAAACAAACAAUUAAAAGACGAAGAUCUGCAGUCUUAUUUUGCUGGUUUGUUUCCUAGAGAUCACCCUAAAAAUACGAGAUUUUCUAUCAACUUUUUCACUUCAAUUGGUUUGGGUGGAUUAACUGAUGAACUGAGAGAAUAUUUAAAAACUGCCCCAAAAGUACCACAAAUUGCUCUACCAGAUAUUCUAGAGAGUAGUAGUAGUAGUAGUGAAAGCAGUUCUUCUGAAUCAGAUAGUGAAAGCAGUAGUUCAAGUUCAGAAGAAGAAAAACGAGUGAAAGCUGAUAAAAAGCAAAAAGGCAGAAAAGGUCGGAAAAAGAGUGAAUCUGAUUCUGAUCAUGAACAUUAUAGAAAAAGUAGAAAUAAAAAAAAUGAACAGAAAGUUUUUGUAAAUAAAAAGGAAAAAGAAGUUGAGAGAUUAAAAAGAACAAAUAAGGUAGAGUUGAGUGACAGAAGAAGGAAAGAGCAGAGAAAUAUUUAUGAAAAAGAUAGAGAUCAUAAAAAGAGAGAUGAAAUAAGUAGAAAAGAUAAUGAUAGAGAACACAGAGACCGAUACAAUAAGGGAAGGAAAAGCUGAAGAACCAAAAGUGAAAAUAAGGUUUUUCUGAAUAUAUAAUAAUUUAUAUACAUAUGAAUAUAUAUAUUAAUUCCUUGUGUAUGAAUUUUAUUAAAAAAUAUUUUGUUCAUAAAA